UUGCCUCUACGUCAGGGUCGAAAAUGAACGAAGUUUGAACAAAGAUAAAUAAAUACUACUUGUUGUUGCAAAAUGCUACGCAUAUUUUCGCAUCGUGAGUGUAAGUAUAUUUUAUUAAAUCGCGAUUAUACACAGUGAAGUGUGAACUUGUGAUUUGAUUUCAUAUAAUCAUCAGCCAAACCUUCAAACACUCGGACUAAAAGUUGAUCGCGCUUAUCAAAAAUGCUAAUUUGAGGUGAUACCCUAGAAUUCGUUACGACGUAAAACUUUACAAUUCAACGUUUUUCCUCUAAACGAACAAUAAUUCGUAAUUAUCACCAUUAUUAAAGAUGUUCUGUGCGUUUCAUAUGCAUCGAAUUAUAUUGCAGUAUAGAAUUUACGUGUUUCGUUAGUAUUCGUGUGUGAUAACUUUGCUAUCUGCGUUGUGUUUAUUUUCAUAGGAGUGUUUAUCUACAACCAAGCAUAUUCGUUUGUUUCCUCGCAUAUAUAAGUUAUUUUUGAUCGGUGUUAUGCUGUAAAAUAAUGUGGAAUUUUGAUGAUGAUAAAAUUCGAUCAUGGAUGAGAGCGGCGAUAACAAGAUAUAUCUUUCCAGUUCAUUAUUUGGAAACCAGAAAAAACCUCAAAUAACUCUAUCACCCGUCAGAUUACAGAAAGUCAGAGGCGAAGAAGGAUUCGAUGGUGAUAGGAAUAAGAAAUCAUUCUCCGGUGGAAACACCGUUUGGAGUGUUUCAAAAGAACAGACCACUGAGUCGAUACGUCCGGUGCAUUAUUCACAUUCACACUCGAAGAAAGUCAUCAAACACGCUUUACGUCAACAAGCCAAAAGGCGACGUAAAAAUACCACAAUAGCGGCCGGCAAUUCAGCCUCCGUUCCUCGUUAUGUUGCUACUUCAGACAAUACCGAAGAAGAAUCAGACAAUCGUUUUAAAGAACCAACAAAAAUGAUCGAUGUAUUACCGACGAUACCGGAUUUUAGAAUCAAACACCGAAAACGAACCAAUAAAAAAUUAUCAACCGCAGCUCAACUGGAGCAAACCAAAGAAGGAUGUGUGGAUUUAGAAACCCCAGAUUCCAUAUUAUUGCAAACGAAUCUGAGGGAUUUGCUGAAUAAACACACGUUUUCAUCGUUACCGCCGUUUUAUCAAUACAAAUUGGUUCAGUUGCUACCUCAGGUCGACCGUAUCCCCGUCGGUACCCAAUCUGAGUGCGUAUUGAGGCUUAAUCCUACCGGUCUCAGUAAUGAAUUUUUCAAUCGAGCUUGUACAGAGUGGAAAGAACGUCUGGCAGAAGGAGAAUUCACUCUGGAAAAUCAACAAAGACGAAAACAGGAAUUGGAAAGGGAGAAAAACAAACUAGAUCCGUGGAAGGUGAAGCAUUUCGAACCAAUUUGGGGCGAAAAUUCGAACGUUAGUUGCACCAUUUCUGUACCUGAAAAAGAAAUAGUCAGUCCUAAGUCAGCCAAUAAAGUUCCGGUCAAAAGGCCACCAUCUCCUGUACUGAGGAAUCGUACAGUAGGCGCUGUUACUAGAUCCGUAUCGAUGUACAGAGAAAAACGCGAGGCUGAAGAUCCUCCUAGCGAAAUUGUGAAGAAAUUUAAAUCUGUUACUUGUACGGAAACUGAGAAAGCAGUUGGUGAAAAUACUGAUGAAGAAGUUGACGGAGUGACUAUAACGACCAUUUCUGUGGAAACUACUGAUUCGACAGAAAAGCCAAAUGACCAUGUCGAUGUACCUGUGGAAAAUACUAGCUCUCUAGAUAACGAUGAAGCAACGUCAACGCAGUCUGCCAUAGACCCGGAGGAGAUUAUUGUUGAACAUGAAGUAAAUUUGGAAAGUCCUGCGGCAGAAUGCACAAAUGAUGAAAACCCACCAUCGUCGGAAUUGGAGAUGAAAGAAAUACCUAUCGAUGAAAUCAAUAACGACGAUAACCUGCUCGAUCAUGAAAUCGGUAUUGAGAACAUAAUUUGCGAAGAACACGAUAACUGGAGUAAUGUUCGAGACGACGCUGCGAUUCUGGCAGCUGCUUGGGAUGAUGUAGAAUGCGGAUCGGAUAAUUUAUUAGCCGAAGUUGAUCUCGAAAGGGAUCAAGAGGACGAUAUUGUGACCCGAGAAGGGGCUGAGGUUUCUCCCGAAGAAGAAAACUUAUUUGCGAUCUCGGUACACGAAGAAAAAAUUGAAGUAAAAGUCGAAGAAGUGCGUUCGCCAUCGUCUCAAUGGAUUAGUGAGAAUCCGCCGGUUGAAAGUAACGAUGAAAUCAAACCUGAACUCGAAUGUGUCCAAGGAGUCGAUGAAAGUACUUCCGAUAAUGCUUCGGUUUUGACACAAGUUGAAAAUCAAGUCACCAGUACCGAAGAAUUGACGACAGAAGUGCUGCCAUCGGAAAAUCCACCAGCUGAAAAUAUCGUCUCUGCUGUUGGACAUACAGAAGAACCUGUCGCCAGCGACGAAACUGAAGUGGAACAAAAACCUGCUGACGUUGUCAGCGUCGACGUCAAUCCUCCCGAAGAGGAAGAAAAUUCCCUAACGAUGACGACGCAGCCUGAACCUACUGAGGAAAUCCUUGAAACAACUCAAUCUGGAGUCGAACCGGCUGAAGGAUUCAAAGCUGAAGACGAAGAGAAGCCUCGAGAUGAUCAGUCGCCUAACGAUGAAAAUGAAUUGCUCAAUGAUGCCAUUAAUAUAGAGAAAAUUAUAUGCGAAAACGAAGCUUGGGAUAAUAGUAAAGAAGAACAGGUUCAAGCAGCUAUUUUAGCAGCCGCCUGGGAUGCUGUGGAUAGUGACACGGAGAAGUUACUCGCUGAAGUGGCCAUUGAAGGGGAUAAUGAAGUAGCUGUUAUUCCUAUGCAAGAAGAACUGGAGGUUAGAUUAGAAGAGAGCAGUCUGCCUGCUCCAGAAUGGAUAGAUUACGAUAGUAAGUCGGAAGAGAACUCACAGUCGGCUGAUGACGGUCAGAAACCAAAAUCUAUUCAGUAUCCAGGAGGUCACGUUAAAAUAGAAUUAGAAGUGACAUUAACGCCGGAAGUGGAUAACCAAGUGACUAGUUCAAUGAAAGGCAGCACCAGUACGUCCACAAAUGUGAUAACUUCUUCGAAUACGAUUUUGGCGCCUAAUACGAUCAUACCUCCGACCACUAUCGUCUGUUUACCGUCCUCAAAUCCAACCGUGCCUACUCCGCCUACUACGCAAUUGGUUACCACUCAAGCAGUCUCAUCCAGUGCACUUCCCUAUAUUGCACUCACAACCAGUACACCUGUUAGAGCUGUGCCAACAAAAACCCAAUCUGGAGGUCGUGGCGGCCGUGGUACGUCCAAUAGACCGCCUCCAGGAGCUGUUAAUUUGGAAAGAAGCUAUCAGAUUUGUCAGGCUGUGAUACAAAAUAGUCCCAAUCGGGAUCAAUUGAAGUUCCAAUUGAAACCGCCUCCGUCUUUAUUGAAGAAUAAAGAUUGUAAUAAAACACAAAAUUCUACUCGAGGAGGCCAUGCGAAACCUACCAAGACGUAUAACGCAUCGUCAUCAAAAUCGUCGAUGCUGAUUAAGCAUGUAUUCAAUACACCUCAAGGAAUACCCGUUACCAUGGCAGUGCUGCCUACUUCAAAUACUGAGUUAACCGAAAGCCAAAUGGGCCAGUACGUCUUGGUACAAAGAUCCGGUCUCGGAAGUGGCAUCCGCAGAUCAAACAGCGCUCCUCCGACUAACCAAAAAACCACUUACGGCGUUGGUGGUGGACGCAUACGUCCAGCCAGUGUCGGUUUGCAACAACAACAAGGCACCCAGCCUCCAAAAAUCCGUACCAUAGUGACCAAUCAGAACGCUCAGACGUAUUAUUCGGUUCCACAGCAAUACGACAUCAGAAUGAACGACGAUUGCUCCUGCAGCUUUAAAGCGAUGGUAAUUUGUAAAAAAUGCGGAGCUUUUUGUCACGAUGAUUGCUUGGGUCCUUAUAAAGUCUGCGUUAAUUGCCGAUAAAUGGUGCUGAUGAUGAGACUGAUUGAUUAGCAAAUCUAUUUGCUCUUGUGGGCCUUUUCUUUUUUAUUAUUAUUAUUAUUAUUAUUAUUGUUUUUGAGAGGAUUUUACCCUUUCUUUGUUUGUUCAUUUGUUUUUUUUCUCCAUCCGAGUGUUUAUAAUUUAAGUUUUGUUUGAUUUCGUGUUUUUUUUUCUUUUUUGAGCUAUUGCUCUUACAGGAAUGUAUUUUUUUUUCUUUCUUAUUAUUAUUUUUCUUAUAUGUAAACUUUUAGUCUAGUUAUUAGUGUACCUGUUGAAACUUUGAGUACACUCUAAUUUUAUCGCUUCUUUUUCAAGCGCAUUUCAUAUUGAAACUGUAUUAUUUUCAAUGCAGUGUGGUUUAUGUUUUGGAUUUUCAAGACUUUCCGGCAAAACGUUUGCUCGAGAGUCUUAAUUUUUAUACUAAGCAAAGACGAAUACAGUGUUUUUUCUGCUGACAACCGUCGAUGUUCGAUCGAUGGUGGAUAAUAAAUCUUGACUCACAGAUCUCUUUGAAAUUUGAUUUUGCCUCAGUUUUUCACUCGAUUCUCUCCAGAAAUAUUCGUCCAAUUUUGGUAAAAAUUUCAUAUAUUAUGGAGGAGAAAACUUGAGGGGUCUUGAGGUGACAUUUUUUUUUGAAAUUGGAUGGAUGGUUCGAGUUUUAACAGCUGUUUAAAUUUUUUAUAAACGAGAAAAAAAUGACGAUAAUAAACUUUGACGACUAAAUUUAUAUCAGAGAUAUUAAUUACUUAAUUCAAAAAAUAACUGGACAACAUUCAGAAUGUAUUUUCAUUUUUAAAGUUUUAUUUAAUAACAAAUAACACAUCACAAAAAUAAUGUACCUAAUUGGCGAGUACUUCUUCAGAGUAAUCUCUUUUGCGUUAUAAAAGAAGAGUCCGUUUUGUUGGAAAUAUCAUCUUUAUAGCUUAAUUCAUAAGCUAGCUGCACUGCAUUUUUCAAUUCAUUAAUUGUAUUUUCAAUAAAAAUCAGUUUUUCAUUGUCGGUCA